GGAGUCUCUGUGACGAGAUAACACGGUCCCGUAUCCCUUUCGUGACCAAUAACAAGCCUACUGCUAUGCCAGACGCGCAUCCGUUCAGAGGAGGGAGUCAUGCUCAUUUAAUCUUCUAAAAGUUUCUUGCUGGAUUUCUACAGUGGUAGUUCAUACAUGGAGAUGUGCCUCCUUCUACUCCUAGUCCCAAGGAAGGCGUUAUCAACACCAGAGAUUCAUAUUGCCAGGGUGAAUUUGCCAGGCAGUCUAGAUAUUAAACCGAAGUGUUACAUGCAGCAUAUACAUCUCUCUGUCUAUGUAACUGUGUAUGUUUCUAAGAAUACAGCCCGCCGCCGCCCAUCCACCCAGCCAUCCAUCCAUUCAUCAUAUGCAUAUAAAGAGUACAAGCAGCCGUUUCAGUCAUAGAUGCCCAUCCCCUAUCUAUUUUCCAUCCCCCAGUGACCCAACCUC